AUGGAGGACGGACGAAUCGCUAACGAUCAACUCAGCGCAUCUWCASAAUACAUCRRCGRUCAAUUACCAGCAUGGAAGGGUCGACUGAACAACCCAACUUCAGCUUGGGCAGCAAUUAACUCCCACCCCGGACAUUGGUUUCAAAUAAAAUUUGACGUAGCGCACGCCAUAGUUGCCAUAGCAACACAGGGAGCUCCUCAUGAAUAUCAAUGGGUGAAGACCUACACAGUCCGGUACAGCAAUGAUGGAGUCACCUUUGCUGGCUACAAUAAUUCUCAAGUGUUCGUUGGUAACAAUGACAGGAAUACUGUGGUCAGAAACAAACUGAAUCUGACGGCUAAGUUUGUUAGAGUUUAUCCAAUGACUUGUCAGACGUUUGUUACCAUGAGGCUUGAGUUAUAUGGCUGUACGCUAUAG